CUCCCACCCUUUUUGGGGGCGAGGCAGUACAAUGAAAGGGGGCCAGGAGUCAUUUCCUCCAGUUGUCUCCUUUUACCACUCUUCACCUUCUCCAACUCCCUCCGCUUUGGGAAAGUUGCAAAGUAGCCAAAGGGGAAAAAAGGAAAAGUGAAACUAACAACCCCCCCCUACACCUUAGACAUUUAUUCUGGUGCAUUCAGUGGCAGAAAAAGGAGAAGGGGAAAAACAGAUGUCAGCAUUUCUGGUUUUGACAAAGGAACACACAAGUUUUGCUGAAAAGAAAAUCUUUGCAAAAGUCUUGAGUUUUGAAAAAGCCUGUUUUUAAAAUGGGGGAAAAACAGUUGUAAGGAAUAAAUUGCAUUCAGCUCUAAUGAUCUCUUUAUCUGCGAUCUGAUAGGGCAGCCAGCACCCUGCUCUGUGAGCUCUUCCAGUCAAGGCAGGAGUCUAGUUCCAUAGGGACAGAGCCUGCAGAGCUGGGGUGAAAUUUCAAAAGCACUUAAGAGUUAGAUACCCAGGUCCAGACCCAUACAAGUAUUUCAGUGGAAAGUAGGGGCUUAAAUAGCUUUGGGGAUCUGGGCCCCUCUGAUUUUGGAAUCUGAGGGGGAAGGGGAAUGUUUAAAGCCAUCAAAUCAAGGAAGUAAAGGUAAGCACAUGUGCAAGUGUUCUGCAGAUCAGGGCCUAAUUUACAUUACAUUGUGUUGGAAUUGGCACUGUGUCUUUUUUGGGCAACAAAUACUUAAACUUAUGCCAUGUAACUUCCUCUGUACUUUCUCUUUUCGAUUAGUUCAUAAGCUAGUUUUGAAGAACACAAGUUCAAAAUAAAAAACAAAAGCCUGUUAUAGAUUUUCUUACAAAUUGAGGGCCUAAACUAGUGAUCAACACAAGAAAUCCAAGGGACUUCAGUGUGUUUCUGACCAUUUGUGGGACUGGGCCCUGUCUGGUGAUGAACUAAUUAAUCUUCAAUGAGUUCAUGACUCAACAAGGUGUGAAUUUGCAUAGUUUUAUUGAUGAAAAAGUUAAGUUUUUAUCUUAGCCAGGUUAAUCUUCAACAAGCUGAUGUUUGACAAUGAAGGAGUUUGCUACAGGCUAGCUAUCAGGUAAUGACCAUGACAAUAAAAAAUCUGUUUCAGCAAUUUUACCACAAAUGAUAUAGCUGUGUUUGCUUAUGAAGAAGACUUGCUGUACUUCGCAUACUUCUUGGUGGCAAAAAUAAUGUAUGUUGCAAAGCUAAGGAGAUGGAACUUUGAACAUUCACAUUUCUCUAUUUCUUAUAAACAGAAUCACAGAACUUACUGUUGUGUCACUACUUAAUUAUAACAUAACAUUCAACCACAUUCACCUUAGUGACUGAUGAAUACAUUUAAGAUAAACUGACAAUUUAUUAAAAUGUUUUUCCCCCCUCUCAAACUACAGCUGUAAAAGAAAGUUAUAGUUAGUAACUGAAAUAAACAAAAGUCUGGAGAGUCAGAUUGUUGUUAAGGUUAUUCAGGAAUAAUUUCAAUUAAAAUAUAAUAUGUUGGGAUUCCCUCCGAGACCUUUUCCAUUUGGCUUAUCCCCAACACCUUGCCUAGUGCUGGGAGAACAUGUCAGGUCAUUCCAAAACAUUCAGUUUGACUCUGGAUUUUGUCACUUAGGUUCCUUACUUGGCAUACAGCAAAGCUAUGCUGAGUUGAUCAGACUCAACCAUAGGGGGUGGGUAUCGGGCAUUCCACACAUCCAGAGUUACACAGAUAACCUCUUUCUUUGUGUUCAUUUAUAUGUUACAUUGCAUUUGCUGUACAUUACACCACACAUUUUUGGAUUGGCUUAGUUACUUUGCAGGAACCAAUCCCAGACAGUGUGCUCUGUCCAUAUGCUGUUCAUGUGGAACCUGAUCUUUAUAUUCCAUGUUUAUCUUGUCCAUAGUCCCUAGCAUAAAGCCGUCGUUUCUUGUCUAGCUAGCACAGAAAUCCUGGACUCCAGCAUACUGUUUGUCAAGCCCCUAUUUACAACUGAACCUUCCAUUCAUCUUCCCAAUUAUGCCCACUAAGAAAUGAAGCAAGUUACUUAUAUCAAACCAGGCCUACAUAAUAUUUGAACUUAUUUUUAAGGGCUGAAUAUAACUUAGCAGCUUUAACUUGUAGCAGUUUCUGGCUGAGUUACUUUCAGAUUUGAGGAUAUUUAAGUAGCAUUCAUCUUCCUUCCAGCCUGGCUGUGUCUGGAGAUUUGUGACCGUUAUCUGGAGAAUGCUGUAUUUCAGGAAAGUAAAGAAUGCUGGGCCCUGGAAAGCUGAGCUCAAAGCAAUGUCCUGUCCGUGUGUCGACUCCUGCACAGCGCACAUAUGAGGUCACGGAAUGGCUACCCCAAGGUGGGCAGCAUCUCCUCAUGAGUCUGCAUAGCGAUUCACAGUGCAUGAGGAAGACAAGUCAUUUUUUAGGCUGUCUGUCCCCUCAGAAGAGCAUUUUGCUGGGUCAUCUGACAUUUCAGACUGUGGCCUUUCGAUAAGCAUUAGAGUGACCUGUUUUGCUCUCUAGUUUAUGUAACUGGGCCAGAUCCUCAGCUAGUGUAAACUGUUGUUGCUCCACUCAAGUCAAUGAAUAUAUGCCAGUUUACACCAGCUGAGAAUCUGGCCCACUGUAUUCCUUCCCCUCCCCUCCCCAUGGGGUCUCACUGGUGCUGCUGAAUGCUGAUCCCCUCAACUGCAGGUCAAAACACCCGGGCCCUAGACUAGAGCUAGGGCAAGGCCUGUUUGUCCUUCAGUUCAGGUGGAUGACAUUAUUGCUGGAGAUGUUCAUCUUCAAAAAGAGCCUGAUAUUUAGAAUUCUUGAAGCAUAUGCAGCUUUUACUCACUAACCACAAGCUCUGGAUGGAGAGAGCUGCAGGACCCCUAAUUCCACUAUUGCCAAAUGGCACCACCAACUCACCUCUCAGCAGGUAGACACCCAUGUACGGCACCUCAUCUCAGCCAGAAGAAUUGUGGGAACUUCGGUGGAAAUGAGGAGUGGAAAUGGAGCUUCCAAGGAUGUGUGGCUAUGGAGGAAGAAGAAGUAUUUAUUUUGUUGCAGUUCCAUGACCAGAGCAUUCUUAUUCACUUUAAUUGCUAUCAACUGUUAUGUAAAGGGUGCUGCAUUGCCACCAAGAGCUUAGAACAAAACUGAGGUAUCCUGACUGCCAGUGCCCUGAUUCAACCCAGAGACUGUUCUGCAGUGACAUGAUCAUUUCUCUCCAGUGACUGGAUGAAAAAAAAGGAAGCCCGAUGUGGUUAUGUUAUCAUCCUGAUGGCGGCGUUCUGGUGUAUGGAAGUCCUGCCAUUGGGUGUUACUGCCCUUUUUCCUGUCGUGCUAUUCCCGCUCAUGAACAUAAUGGAUUCAACUAAAGUCUGUAUGGAGUAUCUGAAGGACACCAACAUGCUCUUCAUCGGGGGGCUGAUGGUGGCCAUUGCUGUUGAACACUGCAACCUACACAAGCGCAUCGCCCUGGGGGUCUUGUUAAUCCUUGGGGUCAGACCAGCCCUGCUGUUUAUGGGCUUCAUGUCUGUCACUGCUUUUCUGUCCAUGUGGAUCAGCAAUACUGCCACCACGGCCAUGAUGAUACCAAUAGCCCACGCUGUACUGGAGCAGCUGCACGAGUCAGAGCAGGAGACCAGCCCAGCUGGGCAUGUGGCUGAGAGCAUCAACAAAGCCUUCGAGCUGCAGGAAGCACCAGAUAAAUCAGAUUCCCCUCAAGAGACACAAACACAAGACAAUGGACAUGUGCUGACAGUGGAGGAAGAGGAGAAACUGAAAGACGUGAAGCAGCUGGAAGAGGAGAAGCACCUGACAUUUUGCAAGGGAAUGAGCCUCUCUGUUUGUUAUGCGGCCAGUAUUGGAGGGAUCGCAACCCUGACUGGUACUACCCCCAACCUGGUGAUGAAGGGACAGAUUGAUCAGCUCUUUCCUGCCAAUAACAAUGUGGUGAACUUCGCUUCCUGGUUCAUGUUUGCUUUCCCUACCAUGUUACUGUUGUUGGCUCUUUCCUGGAUUUGGCUCCAGAUAAUGUUCUUGGGAUUUGACUUUCGGAAUAAUUUUGGUUGUGGAGCUAAUGCGUCUAUGAAGGCAAAGUGGAAAAUGGCUUACAGGGUUAUCAAGGAUGAGCACAAGAAGCUGGGCCCCAUGAAAUUUUCAGAGAUAGCUGUCACAGUCCUCUUCUUAUUAUUGGUGGUGCUUUGGUUUACCAGAGACCCUGGGUUCAUGCCAGGCUGGGCAACUAAUGUCUUCAACAAGAAUGGCAAAAGUUAUGUGACUGAUGCUACAGUUGUCAUCUUCAUUUCACUUUUGAUGUUCCUAAUCCCUUCAGAGAUCCCCACCUACCUAUGUCGUAAUAGGGCUCAGCAAGUGCAACAACAAGAUAGCACAAGACAGAUUUCAGUGCUCCCUGCUCUGUUGGACUGGAAGACGGUUAAUCAGAAGAUGCCCUGGAACAUUGUGAUUUUGCUGGGAGGUGGCUUUGCCCUGGCCAAAGGCAGUGAGGAAUCUGGUUUGUCUGUAUGGUUAGGUAGCAAAUUGACCCCUUUGCAGAAUAUCUCAUCUCCCGCUAUUGCUUUCCUGUUAUGUCUCUUGGUUGCCACUUUCACUGAAUGCACCAGUAAUGGGGCUACCACCACCCUCUUCAUUCCUAUACUGGCUUCCAUGGCUCAAGCCAUCUGCCUCAAUCCGCUCUACAUCAUUCUGCCGUGCACACUCUCAGCAUCAUUGGCAUUCAUGCUCCCAGUGGCUACUCCUCCCAAUGCCAUUGCCUUCUCCUAUGGAAAGCUCAAAGUUAUCGACAUGGCUAAAGCUGGGAGUAUUCUCAACAUCCUGGGUGUCCUGACAAUCAUGUUAGCCAUAAACACCUGGGGCUACCCCAUAUUCGAUUUGAAUCACUUUCCAGUAUGGGCAAACAGCACGUCAGCAGCUUCCUGUAAAUAACACAGAUGGACAAUGGAACCAAUAAUUGUGUCUGAUGGAGCAAUAUCGUUCACUCUGACCAGGAGCACCAUCUACUCAAGCUUUGGUGAUGUACUGGACCAGACACAACAUCUAGAAAAAAAGUCACCCAGAUGUUAACAGCAACACAAUUAUCUGACUCUUCUGCUGUAGGCAAAAGAUAUAGCCUUGUGCUGUGCAACCCUUGCUGGGGUCCCCAGGCUACCUCUCUCUUGAGAGCCAGUGGGAAAUUUCCCCCAGUAUCAGGGACAUCCAUCAGCUCUCAGAUUUUGCCUGAAAAUUCAGUUUGUUUUGAGUGUGCAGGGAGAGGAAAAGAAGUGUGACAGAGAAGUGUAUGUAAGAGGAUGGAGGGAGACAUUUGCACCUGACGUUUUGUAUGCAACUGUGUGUGUUUGAAACCUCUGCUUGUAGAUACAGACCUCUCUGUGUAUGUGUGCUUGUGCAUGGGCAUGGUGAACAUAAAACGGUAAGUAUGAUCUGCAAGCAGUCCUGCAACGUAUGUAUUGUAACAGUUAUGGACAAAUCAAAACACUAUCUAACCCUUCUAUUUCUCUGUAAUUUAUUUAUUUAAAAUUCACUCUGUAAGUGAAGUUCAUAAGAGCUUCUGAAAGUAAGAGGCUGUUUUCACUAGCACAUCAAUUUUAUGACUAUUUAGGGAGGCUCUAAAACUGUGCAGGGGUAGUCUAUUUUUUUGUCAAGGUCCAAAUUUGUUGGUCAAGGUAAAGUCAAGGUCCAAACUCCAGAGAAAAUAACAAAAAAAUAACAACAAUAAUGAUAUAAUAAGUACAUAAAAAGAUUUUGGGGUCCAUUCAAAAGUGUCUUGCAGUCUGGAUUUGGCCCGCGGUCUACCUGUUGACUACCCCGCUUUAACGACAUGACAUGAACUCUAGCAUUCUCCUGAGAAUGGGAAAAUUCUUGUUUCCUAAAGUAUUGGUUGAAUUAAAGAAUGUGUAUGCAAAUCCUA